GGGGCGGCGCUUCCGCCGGCAGGAGGCUGUGCUGGGCCGCUCGGCGGCGCCCGGCACAGUCGGGAACCCGAACCCUCAGCUGUGGGCGGCGCGGCCGAUGAAGGGGGCGAUGGAGCUGGAGCCCGAGCUGCUCCUGCAGGAGGCCCGCGAGAACGUGGAGGCGGCGCAAAGCUACCGGCGGGAGCUGGGCCAUCGGCUGCAGGGGCUGCAGGAGGCGCGGAGGCAGAUCAAAGAUAGUGCAUCACAGACAAGGGGUGUUCUCAAACAGCAUUUUAAUGAUUUAAAGGGAACCCUUGGGAAGCUCCUGGAUGAGCGAUUGGUGACCCUUUUGCAGGAGGUGGAUGUCAUUGAACAGGAGACCAUUAAACCACUGGAUGACUGUCAGAAGCUCAUAGAACAUGGAGUUAACACUGCAGAGGACUUAGUCCGAGAAGGUGAGAUUGCGUUACUUGGUGGUAUAGGAGAACAAAAUGAAAAACUAUGGAGCUUUACCAAAAAGGCCUCACACAUUCAGUUGGACAGCUUACCAGAAGUGCCUUUGUUGGUUGAUGUGCCUUGCUUAUCUGCUCAGUUGGAUGACUCAGUCCUUAACAUAGUGAAAGACCACAUUUUUAAGCAUGGAACCGUAGCAUCUCGCCCACCAGUACAGAUAGAAGAACUAAUAGAAAAGCCUGGAGGCAUCAUAGUACGAUGGUGUAAGGUGGAUGACGACUUUACAGCUCAAGAUUACAGGCUCCAGUUCCGUAAAUGUACUUCAAAUCAUUUUGAGGACGUAUAUGUAGGUUCGGAAACUGAAUUCAUAGUAUUGCACAUAGACCCCAAUGUUGAUUAUCAGUUCAGAGUCUGUGCCCGAGGAGAUGGCCGACAAGAGUGGAGUCCAUGGAGCGUCCCCCAGAUAGGUCAUUCCACAUUGGUGCCUCAUGAGUGGACGACUGGUUUUGAGGGGUACAGUCUCAGCAGUCGAAGAAAUAUAGCACUCCGGAAUGACUCCGAAUCCUCAGGUGUUCUCUAUUCCAGUGCUCCAACUUACUUCUGUGGGCAGACAUUGACAUUCAGAGUUGAAACUGUGGGACAGCCAGACAGAAGAGACAGCAUAGGAGUGUGUGCAGAAAAACAGAAUGGAUAUGAGUCUCUGCAGCGGGAUCAAGCUGUGUGCAUUAGUACAAACGGUGCCGUUUUUGUCAAUGGAAAAGAAAUGACUAAUCAGUUGCCUGCAGUUACUUCUGGAUCCACUGUAACCUUUGAUGUUGAAGCUGUGACUCUAGGAACCACCAAUAAUAAUGAAGGUGGAAACUUCAAGCUUCGAGUAACUAUUAGCUCGAAUAACAGAGAAGUGGUUUUUGAUUGGUUACUUGAUCAGUCAUGUGGUUCUCUUUACUUUGGAUGCUCCUUUUUCUAUCCUGGAUGGAAAGUGUUAGUGUUUUAGAUUUUUAGAUACGUGGCUUUGGCUUUCAGGGUUAAAUGUAUCUGUCCUCAGUCCAGUUUAGUUGUAACUGAUAAAAAAUAGUUUAUUUCAUCUCACAGGCCAUUGGAAAUGGAAGGUGUUUACUGGAUCCUUUUUGUGAUAUUUUAGCCAUAAGCAACUUAAAUGUUGUGGACAAAGCCAUAAUUCAGUCAAUUGUGCUUUCAGAAUACCUUUAAUUGAAAUAUCGUAUCACAAUAAAAAUCAAACUGGCUUUAAAAGUGUAAGAAGAUGUAGAAGGUCCUAUACUCGCCCGUCCACUGUAGUGUUUGUUGUUUUUUGGUUUUGUAGAGGCGAGGUCUCACUA